CUGUGUUUAGCUCUGGGGAGAGUCAAACUGGAUUCCAUAGGGAAAGCCUGCAAAUCACUUCUAUUUUAGCAAGGAGAAAACAGAAUCUCCAUCCAGCAGGGUCCACCCCUCUCUCUUUCUCCCUCUCCUCUCUCUCUUUCUCUCUCUCUCUCUGUCUUUCCCUCCCCCCCUUCCUCUUUCCCUCUUUCCCCCCCUUCCCCCCACCCCACUCUUCCUCUCUAGUGUAUCUGUCUACGGCAACCAGCGUCCUCCUCAUCUAUACGCACUGAAAGGAAAGAAACAUCUUUGGUUGGGAGAGAAGGAGGAAAAAAAGAGAGAGAGAGAGAGAGAGAGAGAGAGGAAAAAACUUGCCUGGUUGUGGAAAAUGACACUUCAAGUAGCAAAGCCGGCAGCGCGAGUUGAGUCUAUUGUUUCUUAAAUUGCCAUCAGGGCUUUUUUUUUUUUCUUCCUGCUUCUUCAAGUGAAGGGUACCUCUACAAAAGGAAACUCCAGCCCCUCCUGUCCUCCACCGGCCUGUGAUCAUUACAAAAAAAAAAAAAAAAAGCAAAAAAAAAAAGCAAAAAAAAAAAAACAAAAAAAAAAAAAAAAAAAAAAGCACCCAAACCAAAAAUUAACCAACCAAACAACCCCCAACAGCCAAGCAUACAUCUCUAUUUUUUUAUUUUGGUCUUUUCGUUGGAUUUUCCGUUCUUUUUUUUUUUUUUUCUCUCCUUUUUUUUUUUUUUUUUUUUUUUUGGUUAUCGCUCAGUUUCGAGCGAAGGUUUACAUUUUUUUUAAAAAUUUGCUUUCCAGCCCGCCUUGAUCUUCCAGCACGAGUUCAUCGUCUCAAAAAAAAAAAAAAAAAUCUCUGGCUGGCGUUUUUCUUUCCUUUUUUUUUUUUUUUUUUUUUUUUUUUUCAAUAUUUUCAAGGGGGAGGAGAUUUUCCACAAGAAAAGGUUGUUUUCAUGUUUGGGAUUCAGGAAAGCAUCCAACGGAGUGGAAGCAGCAUGAAGGAAGAGCCGCUGGGCAGCGGCAUGAACGCGGUGCGGACGUGGAUGCAGGGCGCCGGGGUGCUGGACGCCAACACGGCGGCGCAGAGCGGGGUGGGUCUGGCCCGGGCUCACUUUGAGAAGCAGCCGCCUUCCAAUCUGCGGAAAUCCAACUUCUUCCACUUCGUCCUGGCCCUCUACGACAGACAGGGCCAGCCCGUGGAGAUCGAGAGGACAGCCUUUGUGGGGUUCGUGGAGAAGGAAAAAGAAGCCAACAGCGAAAAGACCAAUAACGGGAUUCACUACCGGCUCCAGCUCCUCUACAGCAAUGGGAUAAGGACUGAGCAAGAUUUCUACGUGCGCCUCAUUGACUCCAUGACCAAACAAGCCAUAGUGUAUGAAGGCCAAGACAAGAACCCAGAAAUGUGCCGAGUCUUGCUCACACACGAGAUCAUGUGCAGCCGCUGUUGUGACAAGAAGAGCUGUGGCAACCGAAAUGAGACUCCCUCAGAUCCAGUGAUAAUUGACAGGUUCUUCUUGAAAUUUUUCCUCAAAUGUAACCAAAAUUGCCUAAAGAAUGCAGGAAACCCACGUGACAUGCGGAGAUUCCAGGUCGUGGUGUCUACGACAGUCAAUGUGGAUGGCCAUGUCCUGGCAGUCUCUGAUAAUAUGUUUGUCCAUAAUAACUCUAAGCAUGGGCGGAGGGCUCGGAGGCUUGACCCCUCGGAAGGUACGCCCUCUUAUCUGGAACAUGCAGCUACUCCCUGUAUCAAAGCCAUCAGCCCGAGUGAAGGAUGGACGACGGGAGGCGCGACUGUGAUCAUCAUAGGGGACAAUUUCUUUGAUGGGUUACAGGUCAUAUUCGGUACCAUGCUGGUCUGGAGUGAGCUGAUUACGCCUCAUGCCAUCCGCGUGCAGACUCCUCCCCGGCACAUCCCUGGUGUUGUAGAAGUCACAUUGUCCUACAAGUCGAAACAGUUCUGCAAAGGGACACCGGGAAGAUUCAUUUACACAGCGCUCAACGAACCCACCAUCGAUUAUGGUUUCCAGAGGUUACAGAAGGUCAUUCCUCGGCACCCUGGUGACCCUGAGCGUUUACCAAAGGAAGUCAUCCUCAAAAGGGCCGCGGAUCUGGUGGAGGCGCUCUACGGAAUGCCACACAACAACCAGGAGAUUAUUUUGAAGAGAGCGGCUGAUAUCGCGGAGGCCCUGUACAGUGUCCCCCGCAACCACAGCCAGCUCCCGGCCCUCACCAACACCUCGGUCCACGCAGGGAUGAUGGGCGUCAACUCCUUCAGUGGACAGCUGGCUGUGAACGUCUCCGAGGCAUCGCAGGCCACCAACCAGGGUUUCACCCGCAACUCAAGCAGCGUGUCCCCACAUGGGUACGUGCCGAGCACCACCCCGCAGCAGACCAACUAUAACUCCGUCAGCACGAGCAUGAAUGGAUACGGCACAGCCGCCAUGUCCAAUCUGGGCGGCUCCCCAACUUUCCUCAACGGCUCAGCUGCCAACUCGCCCUAUGCCAUUGUGCCAUCCAGCCCCACCAUGGCCUCCUCCACAAGCCUCCCCUCCAACUGCAGCAGCUCCUCGGGCAUCUUCUCCUUCUCACCAGCCAACAUGGUCUCCGCGGUGAAACAGAAGAGUGCUUUUGCGCCAGUCGUCAGACCCCAGACCUCCCCGCCUCCCACCUGCACCAGCACCAAUGGGAACAGCCUGCAAGACCAGUCUUUUGUGGACUCUAGCAAGUUCUCCACUGCAGGGUCUCUCCCGGGACUGGCCUUCUCCUGAAGUAGGUCACUCAACCUUCCCUUCCUGUUGCCUGUGUCAGAGUGAACGUGUGUGGGCUGAUUAUGGGGAGUGGGUGAGCCAUGGCCUGACCAGAACCCUGAGGUUAGAGCAUUGUAGACCAAAGGCCCCAAGACGGAUGGCUGGGAACCAGAAACCCUAGAUGGUUACCAGAGUAUUCUGGUUCAUGUUAAAAUUGUUCAAUUUUGGUCCCCAUCAUGGAGUAUGGAAAAUAAGAGUCACCAAGAAUUGAGGUGACCUCUCUACUCAUUGAGGAAAAAGAACCCCACCCUUUUAAAAACAGGGCUACUGCAUCUCAAAUUUUUCUCUUGUGCUAGCACUGUUGACCUGCACAAACUCAUUCCUCUCUCACAGCAAGAAUGUGUGCUCUGGGCUUUCGAAGCCCCUACUUUACAGAUGAGAAAACUCAAGGUCAGGGAGGUUAUGAAAUUGUUUGACUUCCGGCAGUAGCGUGUGGUCGAAGCUGGCUUCAAACUCAGGCUCAAAACUUCAUCUCCUCCUUCCGUCUCCCAAGCACUGCAUUACUUAGAGGGGGUAAAAAAGAUGCACCCAGGAUUCCCAAGGUAGCUGGCAGGGAAAUAAGAUCAAUAGAAUAAUCAGCUACCAUUUAUUUAGCCCUGAACCGUGUGUCAGGCACUGUGCUCAGCAGUGACCAUGUUUUCUCGUAUUUAAUCCCCACCACCUCCUGGUGAAAUAUGAGGACGUUAUGAUCCAUUGUACAGAUGAUAACGCUGAAGCACAAGGAGAGGAAAUACCUGCCUAUAGGCAUUGCCCCUAAAUGGGGAAGAUGAAUGCGAACCUCACAGGGUCUGUGCCCCCGAGCCCGUAGCUCGGGGCUACGCGGCUCCCCACAGUGCCUUCCCGCAGUGGUCAUCAUGCCACUCUCACUGAUGGAGGUCAGCCACGGGAGGGGUCAGGAGGCCGGCAUACCCACCUGGAAUCGCUCAGCCCUGUCUCUUAUGUAUAUGUGUGUUAUGUAUUGUAUGUUAUAUAUGUAUGUUAUUUAUACAGAGCACACAUGUACUCUGACUGGAUGUUUUACUUGCUAUAAUCUUACAUUAAUUCUUCCAAAGACCCUAUGAAGUCAGUACCAUUCCCUUUAUAGAGAUAGGUAAAUUCAGGCCCAGUUUGCUCAGGGUCACAUAGCUAGUACUGAUAGAGCCAAAAUUGAACCCAAACUGCAUGAUUCCAGAACCUGAGCUCCUAAUGACUCUGACUUUCUGACUCCACACAGGCUCAGCUAAACAUUCUUCAGAAACCUGCUGGCAAAUCUGGCCAGCACAGUCAAAGUCAUGCCCGGAAUAAUAUGCUGGUGGCCCUCCCUUGAACAGCAUUGGGAAAGCCAUCUCAAAGGGCAGAGGAAGAUAAUCUGAGCUACAUUUCAGGCAACAGUCCUCACAAGGGGUCACGCCCACCGACACAGAGGGGAGCCACCCAUUCGUACACAUCUCAGACAUUUUCAGCUGAAAAUAAUGCUUUGUCACCCUCAGUACACCUCUGGCUGGCCUACUCAGGAUAUAAUGCUUAAGUGAAUCUGACUUAUAAUGGGUUUAAAUGAGGAUAAAACCUAUGGAAAUAGCAAUCUGCCAUUCUUGAGCUGCCUAUCACAACCUUCGUUAAGACAUAGAUUUCAUAUCAAAGUAAGAUAGAAAGGGGUUUGGAAUCAGCAGCUGAGAGGUGGGACGUGAGAAGCAAAGGCCCGCAGCUCUUGGGAGGUCCACAGCCAGAUCCCCGGCCUGCGGCGACUUAAGCAGGCAGCCCUUCUGCGAGGCCCCGCAUCUCUGCCUGCGUGUGCACCAAGGAGAGAUCAGGAAGGGACUGAAAACAGGGACUCAGCCCAGACAGUAGAAUGUCCUGGGUUUAGAGAACAUCCGGUGGGGUGUGUGUGUGUGUGUGUGUAUGUGUGUGUGUAUGCACGUGCAUGAGCGUCUGUGUGCAGGUGCUCUUAAGUAAUAAUGAAAUGGCUUCAAGACAGGGACUCAUGCAAAAUUUGUUCAUUUGUCACCCGGCAUUUCUAACCCAAGUCUGCACAGGUUCCAAAAGUACAGAGACUGUUCCCCCAUAUUCUGCUUAGCAGCAGGAUCGCCAUCUCUCCAUCACAUCUCUCACACACAGCUGCACAGUGGGGAGAGUUCAAGGUGAAAUUCAGGGACACGCUUUGUGCUGGAUUUGCUGUCGUGGAUGACAUUGCCCUUACCUUCUGUUUGAGCAUGUGUCCAGGAGAGUCUUUCUGCUGGUUUUUGUUUUUCCAAUACCAUCAUGUACCAAACAGCUGUGGAGGGGUGUCAGGGGAGGAGGUUUGAAUAGAGAAAUUAAAGUCGAAUUAACUGACACCGUUUUCUUUGAAGCUGUCCUGUCUGUCUUCCUGCCACUCUCACCAGGCAGGGCCCACACACCUAGGAUUGCCCUUUGGCCCUCUGUAUAUCAUUCCUGCUGCCCAGAGUGCACUAUACAAUUGCUUCUGGGGGGCUCCUGCCUGAGACUUUGGGGUUCCCCUGAAGAAAGGAACAUUGGGACAAGGGGCUCCUAGACCUGCAGCUAAAGAAUGACCUCAUCAUUAGUCUUCUACAUUCUGCUUGUCUAUGGAGAAAGUACAUGGGAGGUUUAUAGAAUGGCAGGGUGCGGGGGGACCUCCUUUUUCUACGUCUCAUUGUUACAGUGGUUUCGUUUGGACCCACCUAGUUCAGAACUGGGACCAUUAAGACAGGGCAAGUGACAGAGGAAGAGUUGGUUAAGCAAAUGGACUGUAUAAAUAAGAUCAGAGGUGACGCUUUUAGGCUGUUUGAGGGUUUUAAAGACCUGUGUACCUCCAGCUGCCCUUCUCCUGAUAGUACAUCACUCUGGGUCUUUUUAGCCAGCUCCUUAAAGACGUUUUACCCCAGGGGCCCCAUCUUGGCCUCCUCUAGUGAUUGCAUGUACGUUUAUUCCCCAACAAACACCCCGUUGCAAUCUCACAUGAUGGUGAUGGCAUUGGUCACAAGCUACUAACAUAGGAGGGCUUGUUCCCAGCCAGGCUUCUGCAUCAUCUCAUUCCCAACCACCCUUGAUGUAGGCUGCUCCCCAUUCUAUAGAUGCAGAUACUGAGCCUUCGAGCUAAGGUGGCUCAGCCAGGGUUACACAGCUAGCAAACUGGGAGAGCCUGGGGUUAAAACCCGGCGGACUGAUACUGUGUAAGCCCCUAUGCUCUACGGUCAUACUGUCGCGAAGUCACUGGGUCGGGCCCUGGUGGACUUCAAAAUCCUGGCCUUCAAAUCUUUGCUGUGUUCAAGGAAACACAGCACCACAGUAAAGUACACAGAUCUGUCUGGGAGAGGCUGGGCACCCACCUGAGGAAGUUCAGAGGAGGGAAAGUUCAGGGAGAACUCAGAACAGCCUUAUGGAGAAGGCUGCCAUCGAGCUGGACCUCGGAUGAAGGGCAAGGGGGGUUCAGGCAGAGGGAGAUGGGGGGAGAGGGCGUUUGAAGCAGAUGAUUGAAGAUGAUGGGAGCCACAGAGUCACGUGCAGUAACCAGCAGGCCAUUUGGCAUGCUGGGGCAUGGAGGCCAAGGAGUGGGGAUGAGGUUCAGUGAGGAGGUCCUUAUGUGGAAGUCAUAAAUUCCAUUCUUUCCAGGUGUAUUAUAAUUCACAAUUUCUCCUGUGGCAGGCUUUCUCUCCCAAAACCUUGGACAAAUUACCAC